AUGAGAUCCCCCAUCAGCAAGAGUCGCUCCCUGGUCGCCUUCCUACAGCAGCUGCGCAGCCUCGGGCAGCCCCCCAGACCCGUGACAUCCACGGCGUGCGCGCCCCCUCGGCCGCGGGAAGUGCCCCUCUGCCCGCUGAUGGGACGUGGCGAGGCGCAGAACGCGGCCGCCCUUCCAGGCCCCACCAACUGGCCGCUGCUGGGAAGCCUGCUGGAGAUUCUCUGGAAAGGGGGGCUCAAGAAACAGCACGACACUCUGGCGGAGUUCCACAAGAAGUACGGCAAGAUUUUCCGCAUGAAGCUGGGUUCCUUUGACUCCGUGCACCUGGGCUCGCCUUGCCUGCUGGAAGCGCUGUACCGCACGGAGAGCGCAUACCCCCAGCGGCUGGAGAUCAAACCCUGGAAGGCCUAUCGCGACUACCGCCAGGAGGGCUACGGGCUGCUCAUCCUGGAAGGAGAAGACUGGCAGAGGGUCCGGAGUGCCUUUCAGAAGAAACUAAUGAAACCAGUGGAGAUUAUGAAGCUGGACAGCAAAAUCAAUGAGGUCUUGGCUGAUUUUAUGGGUAGACUGGACGAGCUCUGUGACGAGAGAGGCCACGUUGGAGACUUGUACAGCGAGCUGAACAAAUGGUCGUUUGAAAGCAUCUGCCUUGUGCUCUACGAGAAGAGAUUUGGGCUCCUCCAGAAGAACGCCGGGGAUGAAGCCUUGAACUUCAUCAUGGCCGUCAAAACAAUGAUGAGCACAUUUGGGAGGAUGAUGGUCACCCCGGUCGAGCUGCACAAGAGCCUCAACACCAAGGUCUGGCAGGCCCACACGCAGGCCUGGGACACGAUUUUCAAGUCAGUCAAAUCUUGCAUUGACCGCCGGUUAGAGAAGCACGCGGAGCAGCCCGGCGCGGACUUCCUCUGUGACAUUUACCACCGCCAUCAGCUCUCAAAGAAAGAGCUGUACGCCGCCGUCACGGAGCUCCAGCUGGCUGCCGUGGAGACGACAGCAAACAGCUUGCUGUGGAUUCUCUACAAUUUAUCCCGUAAUCCCCGCGUGCAAGAAAAGCUGCUGGAGGAAAUUCAGAGCGUCCUGCCUGAGAAUGCGGUGCCUCGGGCAGAGGAUGUGAGGAAUAUGCCAUAUCUAAAGGCCUGUCUGAAAGAAUCCAUGAGGCUCACCCCCAGUGUGCCAUUUACAACCAGGACUCUUGACAAGGCGACAGUUCUGGGUGAAUAUGCUUUGCCCAAAGGAACAGUGUUGAUGCUAAAUACCCGUGUGUUGGGGUCUGACGAAGAAAAUUUUGAAGACUCCAGUCAGUUUAGACCCGAACGAUGGCUUCAAGAGAAAAAGAAGAUCAACCCUUUCGCACACCUCCCGUUCGGCGUUGGGAAGAGAAUGUGUGUCGGGCGCCGGCUGGCUGAGCUCCAGCUCCACCUGGCUGUCUGCUGGAUCGUCCGCAAAUAUGACAUCGUGGCCACGGACCACGCGCCCGUGGAAAUGCUGCACUUAGGCAUCCUGGUGCCCAGCCGGGAGCUCCCCAUCGCCUUCUGCCAGCGAUAAGAGGCCUCAGGGAUGGUGCUGUGGCUCCCGCAAGACUCAGCAGCGGACUUCACAGGCCAGAGCGUGAGACGGCACACGGGACCCUUAGACGCUGUGUUUAUUUAUUUCUUCUGUGCGGCUGCCCCCGAAGCUGCACUGUCCGUGAUAGCAGUGAAGACAGACUCAGGGGGGCGGAGUGGGUGUUAUAAUACCGGCACUCCACAGGGUACAGUGCUGGCGUACACUUGACCAAUGCCACACCAUCCUGACUUAAAUUGCCCAGGAUCUUGCUUCCUCCUGCAUUUUCCAUGUCAGUUAGUCGGGUACAAGUCAGACGUUUCUGUCCCUGCCCCACCCAACUCUCCACUUGAAUCUUGACUGCUCCCGAAUAAGUUUACAGAAUCACAAUAAAACCCCUACCAUUGCUCCAUUGUCUGGGGCUCGGGGUAAUAUUGAGGGUCCAUUUAUUGUAACUCUGCUUAAUGUAUUAUUUGGAAAACACAUUUGCUUACUAACGUCAGCAAAGCCAAAUGUUGGCUAAAGUUAUUAGGUCCCUGGGCCACUGCACUUUAAAGUAGGAACAUCAUCGGGAAAUGAGAGGACACCUCUAUUUUAAGAAGUGCUUUAAUGAAAUCAGAAUCUCCUCUCUAAGAAGAACUUAAUGGCUUACUGUGGCAUCAUUAAGCUCUUUAUUUAGUGCAUGUAUCUUCUCUAUGGCAUUAAGGAGCUGGAGGAACAGUUUUAAAUUGUAUGUGUAUGGGUGUAUUUUAAUGGAAAUUUGUUUAUGUCAUUUUUUAAAAUAUGGUAUUUCAUUUAUGAUCUGUGGUUUGGGGCAAUAUUAUUGUUCAGCCACAGUUCAAAAACAUUUAGUGACUUACCAUGCCUUAAUUUCCCCAUCUGUAGAAUGGGACAGUAGAAAAGUGUACCUACAUUAUAGAUUAACUAUAUGGGGCAGUGCAAAAGUAGGUUUACAGUUGCUCAAAUAAUCUAUACUAAUAAAAAGGGUAAUAUGCUAAUUAGACCAGAUAUCUUCUGGAUGUCCUUCUGGACAAAGCCACUGUGGCAGGGGCUGAGGCAGAGGCAGUUAGGGGCUAUCAGGCCAACAGGGGAGAGUAGUUAGGGGUUGAUCAGGCUGUCAGGGGAGGGCAGUUAGGGGCGAUUAGGCCAGCAGGGGAGCAGUUAGGGGGCAAUCAGGCCAGCAGGCAGGGGCGGUUAGGGGCAAUCAGGCUGGCAGGCAGGUGAGCAGUUAGGAGCCAGCAGUCCCGGAUCGUGAGAGGAAUGUCCAACUGCCAGUUUAGGCCCAAUCCCGCAGGGAUCACACAUCCCCCAAGGGGUCCUGGAUUGGAGAGGGUACAGGCCAGGCUGAGGGACCCCACUUCCCAUGCACAAAUUUCAUGCAGCAGGCCUCUAGUUAAUAAAUAAUAAUACAAGAAUAAACUCUUUUGCAUACUCACAACUGUAAACAUACUUUUGUCCACCCUGUGUAACCCAUCCUCUGACUUGAACUCCAUGGGACACUAUGAUUUCAUAAAUGGAAAACCCAUAGAGAUUUCUGCAAUACCUAUAAAAAUUUUCUUAAAACUUGUUUACAUAUGGUUUAUUUACACAUAUUUUUACUACCACUUUUCCCAAAG